GAAUGGCAACAGCUUUCAUGACGAGGUUGAAAUUUGCAGGAAAAUUGUUGUCUGUCUGUGCUGUCAAUUGUGCUCCGGCUUUUAGUUUCGUUCAAUAUUAAAGAGAUUAGAGCUCUAAAUUAUCCUUCGAGACACAUUAUUUUCAUUCUUUCAUAAUGGCUCGUCGUUAUGACACUCGUACAACCAUCUUUUCCCCUGAAGGUCGACUUUACCAAGUUGAGUAUGCCAUGGAAGCCAUUGGCCAUGCUGGAACUUGCUUAGGCAUCCUAGCUUCAGAUGGUAUUGUGUUGGCAGCAGAGAGACGCAACACAAAUAAACUCCUUGAUGAGGUGUUUUUCUCUGAAAAGAUCUAUCAACUAAAUGCUGAUAUGGUCUGCAGUGUAGCAGGAAUCACAUCAGACGCUAAUGUUCUUACCAAUGAACUUCGUCUCAUUUCCCAACGCUACCUUCUUCAAUAUGGAGAAUCUAUUCCAUGUGAACAACUGGUCUCCUGGCUAUGUGAUGUCAAACAAGCAUACACUCAGUAUGGUGGCAAGAGGCCAUUUGGAGUAUCACUUCUCUAUGCAGGAUGGGACCAUCAGUAUGGCUUUCAACUUUAUCAGUCAGAUCCAUCAGGGAACUAUGGUGGAUGGAAAGCCACAUGUAUUGGAAAUAAUAGUGCUGCUGCAGUGUCAAUGCUCAAGCAAGAGUACAAAGAAGGAGAAACUAAUCUGGAGGAUGCUUUAGCCUUGGCUAUUCGUGUGAUGAGCAAGACUAUGGAUGCCACUAAGCUUACUCCGGACAAGCUGGAAUUGGCCACUCUUACACGUCACGACAACAAGACUUUUAUCAAAGUUCUUCCCGUUGCACAGGUCAAAACUUUGAUUGCAGAUCACGAAAAGAAAGAAGCUGCUGAGGCGGCUAAAUCAAAACCGACCACCACUUACAGUCCUCCUAGUUACAAUCCUCCAGCAUAUGUUCCUGCAUACACAGAACAAGCGCCAGCCUACCAACCACCAGCUUAUUCUCCUCCAGCUUAUUCUCCUCCAGCUUAUUCUCCUCCAGCUUAUUCUCCUCCAGCUCCAGCGUAUAGCAAACCUUCUUAUCCUCUGCCGUCAGAGCCUGAAUACCCUUACAAAGUCGCCCCGGAAUCAUAUAAAGGUGUCGAUAAGGCAGUCUCUAAUUAUGAUGAUUUUCCAACUUUUGACGAAUUCUUUAAAAAAAGCUUAAAAUUUGAUCAGUUUAAAAUCUGAGUAUGUUAGAAUGUUCCCAGCGCACAUGAUAGCAUAUUUAACUUUUCCGUUUUCACUUAAACUUCUUCAACAUUUCAUUUUGUUCAAACAUGUUAUCCGAUCUAAUCCGUUCCCGCACCGCAACAUUUUCGCAUUUGUCGUUAAUUUCACCCGUAUUUCAAAAAUUAUCUGUAGGCUACAUUGUUGUUUAUUGAAUAAACAUGUGUACGC